AGCAGAUUCUCCCCCGCGGAUCGGACUCGGAGUGGGGGCCGCUGAUCGGAGCGGGACCGCGGUAAAUUACCUCACAGCAGCGACAACACGGAGAUUACAAACAUGGAUGGUCUCCCCCAGAGAUUGCGGACCCUCCUCCUGCCACUGGCGGUGCCAGUUUUCUCGAUGUUGGACACUACUGUGGUCAGUGCAGCCCCUCAGGGUUGCGGCUCAAAUGUGAGCUCUCUGUACUAUAACCUGUGUGACCUUAGCGUGGUCUGGGGCAUCGUACUGGAAGCGUUCGCCUCUGCCGGAGCGCUGGCCUGCCUGAUCCUACUGAUGGUGCUGCUGGCCAGCUUGCCAUUUGUGGCGGAUCGAAAGCGGCGAAGUAUGGUAGGGUUGGACACCUUCUUUUUGAUCUGUACCCUUGGAUUGUUCGGCCUGACGUUCGCCUUCAUCGUGGGGAAGGACUUCGCCACAUGCGCCUCGCGCCGCUACCUGUUCGGCGUGCUUUUCGCCGGCUGCUUUUCGUGCCUUCUUGUAAAGGCAGUGAACCUAAACCUACUGUCCAGAAGAGACUCUGGACCAAGCGGAUGGCUGCUGUGUCUUGGAGCAUUGGCGUUCUGGUUGGUAGAGGUGGUCAUCAACACGGAAUGGUUGAUUAUCACUAUAGUGCGGUACCCCAUCACUUCCGUUCCCCUCGGUAACUCCACCGUCAUGCCCGUGCCCUGCAACAUCGCCAACCAGGACUUCGUCAUGGCUCUGAUCUACGUGCUGACCCUGCUCCUGGCCGUCAUCAUGGCAUCCCUUCCAAUUCUGUGCGGCAAGCACAAGCGUUGGCACAAGGACAGCAUCUUUAUCUUGCUGAUUGGGCUGCUGUCUGCUGGGAUCUGGGUGGCUUGGAUCGUCAUGUACACCUACGGCAACACCAAAUACGGUGGCCCAACCUGGGACGACCCUACUCUGGCUAUAGCGCUGGUGGCCAGCGCCUGGGUGUUCGUGCUGCUCUACACAAUACCGGAGCUGUGCUUCCUGACCGAGGAGGAUGAGGCGGAAUCAAGUUUCGGAGAAGACCUGUACCCAAGCCGGGGUUACGAAACCAUCCUGAAGGAGCAGAGCUCCCAGAAUAUAUUUGUGGAGAAUAAGGCCUUCUCCAUGGACGAACCCAACCCAGCAGCUAAUAAGCCGGUGUCUCCAUACAGUAACUACAACGGUCAGCUCCGCAGCUCUGUGUACCAGCCCACCGAGCUCGCCCUCAUCACCAAGGGGUUAGGAAGUCAGCUGGACGUGUCGUAUGAAACGGCGAUCCCGCGAGCCUCCCUCGGCUCCCCCCACCACCAGAGCAGCGGCGGCAGCAGCAGCCCCUCCCCUCGACCCGACGACUCGCCGCACGGACAGAACCGAGCCACCAACGGUAAUGGACUACACUGGAAGCCUCAGUGGUCAGGCUAGCCACGCCCCCCUGCUUUGAUAUCGUUUCCUCAACAAACUUUUGAUAUGGUUCUGUUUGCCCGCGGAUCGUUUCUCCUCCAGAGAGAUUUAUAGCCUUAAUCUUGGAGUGCCUGGGUGCCCGCUUUGCCUAUUAAAGAGACGGCGCACUGGGACUUCCCUCACAGCCCACGCCCUCACUCAACAGGAAAAUCUACACCGACAAUCAGACGAGACCUGACCUGCAGCCGGACACGCGACGUGGACCACGCUAACCCAGUAUCUACCGGUUGCGUGAGCUACGGUAAUCCUGUGCAUUUACAUGUACCGCAGAGAGAUGAUGGACCAGUGGAACUUUGAUGCUUUGAUGAUGAUGAUGAUGGCGUUUGAUCAAUCAGUGCGUUAUCGGACGCUCUACGCCAGCGCUGCCAACAGGCCGACUGACUCUGACUGCUGUACUGGGCUGGUUCAGCCAGCUGCUGCGUUCACAUUACCAAACCGAAGUGACUCAAAUCGGAUUAUUUACAGGACUGUGUGUGUGCAUGACUAUUCAGACUAUUCUGAUCUUUUCAGGCUUAAAUGUUCAGACUGCAGGCAAGUUGGAUUUGUUCUUAGAUCAGAUCUGUGAUCUUGUGAUUCAGUCGGAUUUGCCUGUCUUGACAUCACACACAUAUCUGUUUAUGUGGGUUGCUGUGGUAUGGAGGUCUGCACUCUACUGGGAUUACCACAAUUCCAUCACUCUGGAUUUGAUGAGGAUGUCGUUUGUCGUGUUGAGAUUGACGCAAAAUGUCCAAAUCUGAUUUAUAAUCACAUUUCAAUUUACCUUCAAAUAUGGUUUAGAUAUGAUUUGCAAAUAUCAGAUUUGACUGUCCACACAAUCAAAAAUCAGUCUGGAUACAAUCUAUGUUAAGGCUGCAACUAAGGCUUAUUUUGGUAGUCGACUAAGCUUUUGAUUAUUUUUACAUUUAGUCGAUUAAUCAACUAUUAUUUAUGCCACGUCCUCCAUCUCUACUUCAUGUGGGUGUGGCUGAUGUUACGAUGCAUGUUUAACUGAACAUUGGUAAAAAAUCUGAAUCAGGCUUGUGGUGUGAAUGUGGCCUUUAUGUGUGCUCCUAAAUCAGACACAUGUCUGAGGGUGCUUUCACACCUGUAACUUGAUUUCUCUGGUCUGAAUCAGUUGAUGAGUUUAAUUGGUGCUUUUCCCCCAUCGGUUUGGUUUGUUUUCACACAGGCACAAACCUAAAUGCACCAACAUGCACCCCAAUCUGAAUGAGUCAGAUUACUGAUUUCACACUUGCUGAAACGAACCGCACCAAGAGUACAAACCAACCAGAGUCCAAUUCGAUUUAAUGUGUCUUAUUUAUUAUUUUAUUUGCUUUACUUUAUGAAUGCUUAAUUGUUUUAGUGCUGUUGUUGUAAGCGGCACAUAAUAUGCAUUAACACAUCAAUAUGUGCAUGAUCGUGCCAUUUCAGGGAUAGAUUUUUCACCUUACAGAACAAUACAGAAUAUAAUCACUUACUGUACAUUUAUUAAUGUAAUCUGAUCUAAGCAAACAAACAGCAGAAACAGUUCAGAAUGGGAUUUAAAUGCCUUUUAAAUGUGGAAUUUAGUGAAUAAACGUGUAAUCUGUUGCGUUUGGGCACUUUUGGAGGCUGGAGAACUGUUUCUCUCUCCAGCACUUUCUGUAGUGCAGUGCACUAACUGUUAUAAAUGUGGACAGUCAAGAUAGCCAAAUCCGAUUUGAGUAAAAAAUCUGAAUUAUCAGAUUAAUGAGGUUUAUGAAUUGUGAUUCCCUGAAAUUAUAUUAUUAUUUUGCACAGUUUUGCGCAGAAAUUUUCAGUUACAGCUGAAUUUACGCUUUUAAUCCCAGAAAAACAAACACUCUUAUUUACCUUUUAUAAAGCCAUUUAAAUGCCUGAUUAAAGGAGCUGACUCAGCUCUUGAUUGGUCCGGACCUGAGACAGUGGGCAGGUGGGGGCGGGGCUGGUGAUGUCAUCGGCCCUGCAUUGUUUAAUAGCACGAUAUAUAUAUCGUUGAAAAAAGAACUGAACAUGGUAUUGGGUAUUGGGAGCCUCUUGUCUGUUUUUAGUGUUAGGAUAACUCUGACGUCUUUUUGUCACUGUUUUUUGGCUGAAUAUUACUGGUUGCCAAAUAUUUUCAGUUGCCAAAUAUUCUGAGCAUUUCUACUUCUCUAAUGUGAGCGCACCUGUAAACAGCAACAUGUCGGUUAAAGUGAAAGUGCAUGUAAGCAUGCACCAGCCUGGAGUUUGCACUUAUAUAAGAGCUAGCCUGCAGCGUCAGUCAUUUCUGCACCAUAACGAAGCUUCCUCCUGCUGUAUCAUAGCGAGUGUCUGAUUAUUUAAUUUCAUGUCGGUCUUUCAUCGUUAUCCUGAAGUUAAAGUGUGUUCAGUAUUGAAACACAUUUUUCAAGCCUUACCGUUCCUCUCCUCAUAAACACACCCAGCACAUCCACUCCGCACAUAUAUAUAUAUAUUUACGCUUCUAAUUCUGUGUAAUUCAGCUGAUAAACUGAUGACUGAAUGAUUCAUGGUUUCAAAUAUUGUAUAUUAUUUACAAAAUAAAUAUCUUAUUAUAAUCUCAUAA